AUGGCCACCACUACUCCGACUAGUUCUCUACUGUCACAACCAUCUUUUACUCACCCACCACUACCACGGAAGCUAGCAUCCGUUAAAGCACUAUCCGAAUCGCCCGAACUUUCUUCCAUCCCUUCCAUUUACACCUUCCCGAAACAACCCAACCACGAACCAGUUUCAAACACGAAAGAACCAAUCCCCACCAUCGAUUUCUCCCUUCUCACCUCUAGUAAUCUCGAUGAAUGGUCUAAAAUUAUCCGAGAACUUGGAAAAGCCUACCGGGACUGGGGCUUCUUCAUGGUGACCAAUAAUGGGGUGCCGGAGAGGAUGAUGAAGGCAAUGAUAGAGGUUUGUAGGGAAUUUUUCGAGCUAACAGAGGAAAAAAAUGGAGAAUGUGAAGGGAAACAUGUAUUGGAUCCUAUAAGAUAUGAGACCAAUUUCAACCCAUCAUUGGAGAAAAUUUUGUAUUGGAGAGAUUAUCUUAAGAUUUUUCAGCAUCCUUCAUUUCACUUACCCAUCAAUCCUCCUUCCUUCAGGUACGUGAGCGAACAUGCCACUGAUGUGGCGUGGUAG